CAGAAUUUCCGCAAACAUACAGAUGUUUUGAUUUGAAAUAUGGAGAAUACUAACAUAUUCGUUAUUUUCGUGUUAUUCUUGCCUUAUAUCGUCUGGUCUCAAGACUUCCAGGAGACUUGUUCCGGCGACAUGAAAAUAGAGUGCGCCACAGGUGACAUCGUCAUCAUCCACAUCAACCAGGGAGAGCGCCUCCUUGAGGACAGAUGCAAGCAAGGUCGUCACAAGGAGGACAAGCUAUUCGAAAGACAAAUCUGGGACUUGUGCAGCGCCAAGCAAAGCUGUGUCAUUCCGUUUAAGUACAAAAUGGAGGACUUGCAGUACUUAGAAGUUCUUUAUGACUGUGGGGUUCGGCACGACCUAUGUCGUGAUGUCACAAUAACCGGAAAUACGUCAUACCUCGAAAGCCCCAAAUUCCGGAAAGUAUUCCCAUACACAUCAAAACAAAAAUGUUCAUGUGAGGCCAAGUUUGAUUCAAAUCGAGAUGUCAAGGUCUCCUUUACUCACAAUGUGUUCAACACAAGCAAAGCACACGUGAAGGUCUUUUGGGAUAACAUAACAAAAACCAUUGACAACAAGACGGAGAGAAAGAUCGCGAGUAAACUGUCGCACCAGGCCACGGAGCGUUUCAAGGUGAUCUUUGAAGCUGGCGAGGAACCUGGGGGCGGGCACUUUCAGCUGAGUUAUGAGACGGAUAAGCCAAUCACGAUGGUGUGUAACCCAGGCACAGACCAGAGCGCAAAUCUGCUAUUUUUCCUGGUCGCCCCCGCCGCCUUCGUGGGUUCACUUAUCAUCCUAGCCAUAGUGAUCUGCAUUGUAAGAGGCAACGCAGCCAAAAGGAGGCGGGACCGUGCUAACCGGCAAGAUUUCGUCGAUAGGCCUAAUCCGGGCACUCCAGAUUACGCUACGCGGGAAAGCUUCGCAUCGAGUUACACGGGGUCCAGCUGUUCUUGUGAAGAGCACCAGGCAUGCCAGGCUCACGUUGAUCACUAUGAUCGUCCAAGGCCGGGAAAUAUUUACGUGGGAAUGGGUCGUCUGUGAUUGUGAGGUAGCAGUGAAGCAAGGACAAAUAAAAACUAGUAUUUAUUAAAUCUUUCUAAAACUGUCAAGAAAUACUUUUCUCUGGUCGAUAAUUCUAACAUAUUUAUAAUGGAUUAUGUAUUAGCCUCGUUUAGGCCGCUGAGAUUUUGAUUAGACAACGAUAACCUCUUGGUUUGGUAUAAAAUAAAUGUGUCAAAGCAGAUUCACGUUGGACCUUGCCUAAAA